AUGUCCACCGUGCAGCUAAUGCUGAAUAGUCAUUUAAAUGAACUAAAUGAAGAUGUAUUCCAUCAUUUUGGAUUCACUACAAAGUCAUUUGAUUUCAAACAAAAGUUUGGUGAUGUCAAGUUCGUUUGUAUAUGUGGUAGCAGUAGUAGAAUUCAUAAUUUUGCAAUAUCAAUGGCUAAAUUAGCUGGUUUACAGUCACCUGUAGAAAAUAUUGCCGGUUCUCAUGCAAGAUUUGUACUUUACAAAGUAGAUCAUAUAUUAUUUGCAGAUCAUGGAAUUGGUAUACCAUCAACAUUAAUUCUAAUGCAUGAAAUGACAAAAUUAUUACAAUACGCUGGUUGUAAAAAUGUAUUAUUUAUACGUUUAGGAACAUGUGGUGGUUUAGGAGUGAAGCCUGGUACACUUGUGGUGUCCGAUCGUUGCGUAAAUACCAAAUUAGAGCCAUAUAACGAAUUGUGUAUUCUUGGUAAACCUGUCCGUCGACAAACUAAGGUGGACUUAAACGCUGUAAAUGAAUUAAAAAAGCUUUCUGAGAAUCUUUCAUUACAAUGUUCAGUUGUUGUUGGGGGUACAAUCACUGCAAAUGACUUUUAUGAAGAGCAAGGAAGAUUGGACGGAUCGGUUUGUUCUUUUAGCAAAGAAGAAAAGUCAGCUUAUCUUAAGUCGGCUUAUGAUCAUGGCAUAAGAAAUUUGGAAAUGGAGGGUAUUGCAAUUACAUCUCAUUGCAAUUUAACUGGUCAUCGAGCUAUCCUAGUUUGUGUAGCAGUUGUAAAUCGUCUUGAAAAUGAUCAAGUUACUAUAUCUGCGGAUGAAUUUAAAUUAUUUGAACAGUUACCUGGUAAAUUAGUUGGUGAAUAUCUAAAAAGAAAUAAUGGAAUAAUUGUUCGUUAAUAUAUAUGAAGCAUGAUUGUUAACUAUUGUGAUCAAUUGUGACAAUGGUGAAAUAAUGAAAUAACUUUUAAUUAAGGAUUUUAUGUAAACUUUAUUAUUUGAUUAACCUUCUACAUUGUAAUUGGCUUCUUAAUUGCUGUUAUGGUUAUUUUUAGCAUUUUGAAAUAUUCCACGUAAUUUUAGGUACUUGAUUUUGUUUAUUUGUUAAAACUGC